AUGGGAUUUUUGAGUGGUGUGCUUGGUGCGGUGAAAAAAGAUCCAAGCGUUUCAACGUAUUAUAAGAACAUGGAUAAGACACUCCAAAAAAUUAAAGACAGUAUGCACAAUCCUGGCGGAUUGUCUGCGGCCGUUGACGCUGUGAGCACGGCGCUGGGGGAGUGGGAUGGAGAGCUCACUAGUAGAACAAAGUACACUAUAGAUAAAUUCAAAACUCUAACAACUGUUAAUAUUAGUAAUAUGCAUGAUGCACUUAAUGAUUUAAAUAGACUUAGUGAUGAUGCUGACUUGCAGUAUGUCGCCGCCCAUCUGGGCAACUGUAUCUCCAAGGCCCAGGAACUGUCCACGGCAUUUGACCAUGCAGAGGGCGGUUAUAAAACGCUCGACAAAAACCUGAAAGAUAAGUUGAAAAAUGCUGUAUUUGAAAUUAAGUUGCAGGUUAAAUCGUUCGUGGAGGCGGCGAAGAAUGAGGAGUUGAAGGAACUAUUAAGAGAGACGGAAAUACAGCUUAAUGUUCUAAAACGGCAAGUGAGAGAUAGAGUGGAAAAACGUAUUGGACAAUUGACGGAUACAUUGCAAAGAACUUUUGAAACGCGUAUUAAAACGCCUAUUGAAAACCUAAAUGAGAAAUUGGGAGCCAUCCAUAAUAAUUUGGAUGCAUGGCUUCGAAAGACGAGUGCUGUAAUUGACAGUGCAAUUAAAAAGGCAACACAAAUUCAUGAGCGGUUAGUGAAACAGACGCGAAUAAUAAAAGAAGGAGCGGACGGCUUUGAAAGGGAUGCUGAAAAAAGAGUAUCGGGUAUGAUAGAUUCCGUAAGGAGCCUUCUGGGAGAUGCUCGGAAAAGUGGGCAUAACCUUGAAAAGGCGUCGCAAAAUGCUAGUGAGCAGAUGUUACAUUUGAAGGACAUGGCAACAGACGUAUUUGCGAGAGCAAAGUGCAUCGCAGAAAAUAUAAAACUUCUCGAUAAUAAAAUUAAAAAUAAAGCCGACGACGAAAUGAACAAAGUGUUUUUUCAUUCCAUGGCCAUUGAUGUUAACGAUAUACAAGGCGAAAUUGAGGCGUUAGUAAACGGAAUUAAUGAAGCGAUUGGGAACCUGGCUGAAACUAUUGUUAGCGAUAAUAUUAAGUCUAUCAAAGAUAUGCUAACAAAACUUAAUAGAGAAGACAUUACUGGUCUAAAAACAACCAUUGAGAAAGUUAAUGAGGAAUCCAGUGCAUUGGAUAAGAUGCAAUAUCCCACGUUGAAUUACUUAAAAUAUAUAGUAGGCCCAAGCACCAAUGGUACAACCAUAUUUGAUAAGUUGAAGAAUGCUCUCACAAUACCGGCAUCAUCAGCCAAACGGAUGGCUGUUAGAACCACAGUUGCUGCGCAAUCCCCUGAUCAAGAGAAAAGUCCUGCCGAGAAUGUGGACGCCGCGAUCGAGAAAGUGAGGACGAAAGUUAAGCAGCUGCAGACUGAGUUCGAAAAAAAGUAUAGCACUCCUAAAUCACAUAUUCAAUCACUUCGAAAGACUUUGGCAGACAUUAAACAAUUUUCUGGUUAUCUUGUUGCGAAAGAAACGGGCAUCCCAAACGAUGUUAGCCUAGUUGAACGAAACAUAAGAAAUUUCGAAAAUCAAUUUAAGAAGCUGAUUGAUGCCGUCGAGACAAGCAAGGUAACCCGCCAUAUCAAUGAAUUAGGUAAUGCUCUUGGUAGCUCCAUGAAUCAGAUUGUCAAAUACAUUAGCGACACUGGGAAGCAUUUCAGCGCACUUACGGAGGAACUGAGUAAGCUACAAAACGAGUUGUAUGAUGAAAAAGACAAAGAUGUUAUUGAGAGGUUAAGUGAUGUCUUGAGUAAAGGAUUUUUUGGUUUUAAGGAAUGGAAUGGUAUCGUGAGUUUCACGACAUUGCUAGCAGAAAUUAAAAGUAUAAUCGAUGGGCCAAAUACAGCAAAUACACUAGCCAGAAUCAUUGAAGACGCCAAUACAUUUUACAGUUCCGUCAUCCACUACGAAGCAGAGACAGUUAUCGCCCAUCUUCAAGCUUUCGUAGCUGGACGUUCCGCUGCCGCUCUUACUGCCAUUCAGUCUAGAGCCAAAGAAGAUUAUUAUGAAGCAACCCGCAAAAUGUUUACAGCCAUGCAACGAGAUGUUCAUAUGCAAAUUGAUGAAAUUAAUAACCUAAUUGCGCUUGACUACAAUAACGGAGUUAAAGGCCUAUUGAAGAGAGUAAUGGAUAAGGAUAAUGCGUUUUCCGGUUCGAAUAAUAAGCUGAAGAAACUGGAUGUAAAGAAGACUGAUUCCAUUCAAGCAAACGAACGGCUCAGAAGUCUAUCAGCUAACCUGAAAGCAUAUCUCGUUAAUAUUUUAAGUUACGUCUUUUACCCGGUAGGCACUGGACUGACCGAUGACCCAGCUAAAAAAGUGAAAAAUAUUCAGACCGAUGUAGAUGAAUUACUUGAACAUUUAAGUGUCUCAAAUGACUCUAAAAAGUAUAAUUAUGAUAACAAAUUCGUCACUUUUCUCACCUCCCUCUCCUCCUCCCUCACCGCUCUCCACCCCUCCGCCUUCGCGAACCCCCGGCACCCGGAGCUGCUCGAUGCGGUCAGAGCGGGGCUGCAGGGGUUUGUCAAGGAGAUGGAGCGGGUGUAUGUGAACGGGUAUGAUGGAGGGGAGGGGAUUAAAAUGUGGUACAAAAAUGACAAGGAAAGUGGUUAUUUGACCACUAAAGGAAGAAACGGCGCUAAGGUAUUUUUGAGUUUCCUACCAAUGUUGUUGGAGGACCUUACUAAGUUAAAUGAUAAGUGUCGCGGUAAUUGGAAAAAUCAAUUUAUAUGUGAAACGAACGGUGAAAACGAGAAUCUUCUCGGUAAAUUUCUCAAGCGCUGUGGCUACAAGGUCGCCAAAUCGGACACCUCCAAGGACGGCGAGUCGGAAUGUAAGAAAAGUAGAAUUGGUAUCAAUAUUUAUGAUAGACUUGCAACGCGCAUAUUUGACGCCUCAAUUGUGAAUCAUCUCAAAGCAUGUGACUACAAUAAGGAUAACAAGAAGGAAGGGCCGGAGAAAGUGAAUUUCGACUACUUCGAUUUACUUAAAUGCCUUUACCAUCACUUGGACCAAUUCAAUGAAGUAGGUCACCUAUCAACUCUGGGGUCGAGGAGACAACCAUGCUCCGUCUACGAGAUGCUCUUAUGGCUGUCUGGUCUCCCGCAUCAUCCGGUGCAUACAGCUAUGCGUGAUGAAACUAUCCUUGAAAUAAUCGAAAACAUAAAUAAAGAUGAGAAGAAGACAGACAUAGAGGCAGACGGCUUUACGUUCUCCAUGGGUGAGACCAUAAGCAUAUGCCUAGAAGCUUACCCAAGAAAGGUACCGUAUGAUUCCUUACAAAAAGCGGUGACACACAUCUGCUCCCAAGCGUAUGACGUACUGUGCGCCAUUGCUGGAACUGGUGACGCCGACACAUUCUACGCAAGUGACUACUGCAACAACUCAAUGAAAUUCAACUACCCGGCUUCAGGGGAAGACUGCCUCGACAUGUUCCUCGAUAUUCUUCGCCGAAUGUUACCGACGUUGCAAUUCUUGAAACAACAGUGUGAGCUAAGCACCAAUAUGAACGGCUGGCAACAAUGCAAGUACGGUAAAGAUAUAAAGACAGGCAAAUGGCCAUGUAACGAACACUCAAGUGAUGAAUCAAACGAUGAAACAAAUUGCCAACCAAACUCACCACUAAUGGGCUACCUUAACGAUUGUUUACCCGGUCACCUGCCGCAUCAACUCAGCAAAAUUGGCUGUAAAUACGAAUGUAAUACCUGCCCCUCUACCUUAAAGAAGGGUAUGCCCUGCUUGACUCCAUUGGGUUUCAGAGGUUUCUCUGGAAACACCAAAAGAGGCAAAGAGCUGGGUGAAGUGCUCACUAAAUUCUUAGGUAACGAGUAUAUUCAAGGCCUAUUCUGCCUACAGCCUCAGCCACCCAAAACGUUGCCCGAACAUUUCGGAUUUGCAUUAACGCUGGUGAAGGGAUGGAUUAAUAUUACUAAUUUCCGGAACAAAGGCUUACCUAAUAUCAGUUUUCAAUCAGCGUUUGAAGCAUCCGUUCGCGACUUGUCUAUUGAUCUAUAUUCAGAUCCCUAUGAGUUAACAAAAUCGUUAACCAAAUCAUAUGGUUCGCAGUCCGUUGUUCAUGAUUCGUGUGAGCAUCCGCACCUCGUGAAUUUCACAAGCUCAGAUAUAUGCACUAACAGGCGUUCGGAUGUAAGUUGCGCAUCCUACCUUAAUAUCGCAUCGAACGAAACCUACAGUUACCUAGUAAACAAACACGCCGGACUCUACGUAUCAUGGGCUGUUUACUUGCCAUGGUCGUUUUGGGAGUUACUCAACAAUUUGUAUAAAGAUUUUUGUAACAUAUUCUGUGCCGAUUGGGGCUGCCGUGGAUGCCUCCGCGGCGACAAAUGCAAACGUGGAGAGCAUGGUACUGUUGAUGACAAAACUGGUGAUGCAAAAUGUAAAUGCAGUUCCAUAGUUCGAUGUAAAGGCGUACCACCUCUACUAUAUAGAUAUGGAUUUGCCUUCGGAAAUGUGUCAGAAUUGGACGAAACGAAAUUCGAAAAAACAUGCUCCAAUUUCUGCCACCAAUUGAAGAAACUUCUCGACUCGAAAUACUUCAUUGACCUCUUCGAAAACUGCGACAAAUUCAUUUUUACAAUCCGCGCCCCCUUCAUCUGGCUCAACGUCGCCCUCUGGCUCCUCUCCUUGCUGUACCUCCUCCACAUCAUGGUCAUCCGCCUAGACCUGCUCCACAUCAAAUCGCAUCUACAUAGUCCCUCGAGUCAUCGCAUCGCUGCUCAAUCACUGCUCGCCGCUGCACGCGUUGGCAAGCUCAGCAAAGUGUUUUAUCUGCAACCAUAA